UCCCGGCGUGCAUUGCACGGCAGGGGGCGUGGCUCAUCGCGCAGUCGCAGUGGCACGGUGUCCGGAAGUUCUGGACGGUUUGUUGUCGACGUGGGGAAGGCCGGCAGGUGCAGUCGCAAUGGAGUGAGGCGGAUGCAGACAGCUUUAGUGUGAUCGUUUCUCCUGUUGAGCUGGGCGCCGAACAUGUGGCUGAAACCCGAGGAAGUGCUGCUGAAGAACGCCCUGAAGCUAUGGCUGACGGAGAAAACACACAAGUACUUUGUCUUACAACGUCGCAGAGGAUACGGAGAAGGGGGCGGUGGACUAACGGGCCUCCUUGUAGGGACACUUGAUACGGUGUUUGAUUCAACUUCCAAAGUAGCUCCAUAUCGUAUUCUACAUCAGACACCAGAAUCCCAAGUCUAUUGGUCCAUUGCUUGUGGAGCCAACAGUGAAGAAAUAAAUAAGCACUGGGAAUGGCUAGAACAUAAUGUGAUGGCAAUACUUCCCGUAUUUGAUAGUAAUGAAGAUAUCACUAGCUUUGUUCAGGGAAAAAUACGGGGUCUAAUAGCAGAAGAGUCUCAAAGUGCAUCAAUAAAGGAGGAAGAUGACCCUGAAAAGUUCCGUGAGGCCCUUUUGAAGUUUGAUAAGUGGUUUGGCCUGCCUGAGCAAGAGAAGCUGGUGACCUACUAUUCCUGCAAUUACUGGAGUGGGCGGGUGCCUUGCCAAGGCUGGCUGUAUCUAAGCACUAACUUUCUCAGCUUCUAUUCCUUUUUUCUCGGCAAAGAAGUUAAGAUCGUCAUUUCCUGGGAUGAAAUAUCAAAACUUGAGAAGACUAUGAGUGUUAUCCUGUCCGAGAGUAUUCACAUUCACAGUCAUGGUGAAGACUAUUACUUUUCCAUGUUCGUACAUUUUAAUGAAACCUUCCUGUUGAUGGAGCAGCUUGCAGACUAUGCUGUAAAGCGAUUGUUUGACAAGGAAACAUUUGAGACUGAUGUAUCACUCAAUGACCCUUUACAAAUAACAAGGAGAGGGUUGGAGAACCGAGCAAGGAAUGAAUACUUCACAGCACUCUUCAGACUGCCCAGGGAAGAGAGUCUGGAUGACAUACUUGACUGUUUCCUUUGGAUUCCUUUUUGUCAUGCCCAUGCAUUUGGAAAAAUGUUCAUUUCAGAUCAUUACAUCUGCUUCAGUAGCCAGGAUGGGAGUCACUGCAAUGUUAUCAUCCCGUUGCGGGAGGUGAUAGGCAUGGACACGCCAGACAGCUCAGACAAGCACAUCUCCUUCAGUACCAGAUGUAAAAUAACAUUCCGCUUCACUGAAAUAAAGGACAGCGAUGGCCUUGUGAAGAAGUUGGAAGGGAAACUGAACUGUAGUGCAAGUGCACAAGACGCUUUGAGAAAUGAAGAGGAAUUAUGUCCAAAGAAUUCUCAGGAAGACAAUGCCUUCUUUGGACACGAUGGCCCUCCACCUUCAUUUGCUGGUGAUCAAUCCAGUGCACUGCUUAAAGAAAGCAAUAAAACCGUUAAUACUGAAGCAUUGAUGAGAGUCUUUCAUCCACAGGAUGCAGAAAAUCUGGAUUCAAAAAUGUUGAAAGAAAAGAUGAAAGUACAAUCGUGGAACAUUCAUUUUGUGGAGUAUGGUCACGGAGUUUGUAUGUUUCGCACUAAAAAGACUCGAGAUCUAGUCAUGCGUGGAAUUCCAGAAGCAUUAAGAGGAGAACUUUGGUUAUUGUUCUCAGGUGCAAAUAAUGAUAUGGCUUCUCAUCCCGGCUAUUAUACCGAGUUAGUGGAGAGGUCGAUGGGCACCUGUUCCUUGGCCACCGAUGAGAUAGAACGUGAUCUGCAUCGCUCAUUGCCUGAACACCCAGCGUUCCAAAGUGAUACCGGCAUUUCUGCACUGAGGAGAGUGCUCACAGCCUAUGCUUCGCGGAACCCUAAAAUAGGCUACUGUCAGGCUAUGAACAUUUUGACAUCUGUUUUACUGCUUUAUGCUAAAGAAGAAGAGGCCUUUUGGUUGCUCGUUGCUGUGUGUGAAAGAAUGCUGCCAGAUUACUUCAAUCGACGAAUAAUUGGUGCUCUCGUGGAUCAAGCAGUUUUUGAAGAAUUUAUUCGAAGCCACCUUCCUCAGUUGACUGAACACAUGACAGACAUGACUUUUUUUUCGUCUGUCUCCUUAUCCUGGUUUCUCACUAUCUUCAUUUCUGUGUUGCCCAUCGAAAGUGCAGUAAAUGUCGUGGAUUGCUUUUUCUAUGAUGGCAUUAAGGCAAUCCUGCAGCUGGGCUUGGCAGUUCUAGAUUAUAACAUGGACAAGCUGCUACUCUGCAAAGAUGAUGCUGAAGCAGUGACGAUCUUGAACAAGUUUUUUGAUAAUGUCACUAACAAGGACAGCCCUUUACCACCAAUGGCUCAUCACCCCCCCAUAGGCAGUGACAAUCAGGAACCUCAAACUAAAGUGGAUAUAACUGAACUUAUUGCAGAAUCUUAUGAGAAAUAUGGUGAUAUUCAGUCAAUGGAAGUUGAGAGUAUGCGGCGUAGGAACAGGCUAUACGUGAUUCAGACUUUAGAAGACACUACAAGACAGAAUGUGCUGCGGGUUGUAUCUCAGGAAGUGAUGUUCAGCCCUAAAGAACUGGAAGACCUCUUCGAGCUGUUUAAGAAGGAACAUUUUUUAAGUUGUUACUGGAUUCCACACAGUCCAGCACUCAAGCACCAUGAUUCUAGUCUCCCAUACCUAGAGCAGUACCAGAUUGACAGGAAACAGUACUGCACACUUUUCAGGCAUCUGAGUCCAUGGUCCCACUCUGCAAAUGCAGACCUAUUAGCUCUGUGGAGUUUUCGGCUUCUGGAUGAGAAUGCUGACUGCCUCAUCAAUUUCAAAGAGUUUUCAUGUGUUCUAGAUGUGAUGUAUAAUGGAUCAUUUACAGACAAACUGAAAUUACUUUUUAAAUUGCAUAUUCCACCAGCAUUCACAGAAGAUGAAAGUGCAAUUCCUGCAGCUUCCAAACAGCCAGAGCCUUUUGAUGAACCGUUGACUCAAGGUGAUCACCUUGAUGGGAGUAACAAGGGGAAAGUUGAUAUCCAAGCCUAUUUGAAACAGUGGCAUGAGGAGCUGACAAGGAAAGAAGAAAGUAUCCGAAACUUGCCCCGGAUAAAUCAGUCGCAAUUUGUUCAAUUCUCCAAGACGCUAUAUAACCUAUUCCAUGGAGAUCCGAAUGAAGAGGCACUUUUUCGAGCCAUAACGACUGUCACUGGCCUUUUGCUUCGAAUGGAGGAGGUGGGGAGAAUGCUGAACAGUCCAAACUCUCCCUCCCCAAAUAAACAAGGUACAAUUCAAGAUUGCCAAAGUGGUGACCGUAUUCAGGAGAACCAGGCAUUAAACAUGAGUGAAGAUAAUGCUCAAGAAAGACAAUCUGAGAUUGAGUGGACCUUUGCCUUUGAACAGAUACUGGCCUCGCUGUUAAAUGAACCGGUUUUGGUUAGUUUUUUUGAGAAACAUGUAGAUAUAAGGGCAAAAAUAGAACAAGCCAAAUCUGUUCAACUAAGGGCUAAAAGACAGUCGAAUGCCAUUGAUUGAGAUUGUUCUUAUGCCAUAUUCAGCUGUUGUGAUGAUGCAACAGCUCACAAGCUUUGAAAAUUCUGUUGCUGAUGACAGCAGGCAGAAGCGUAAGCUGUUUUGCCUGAGGUUUGCUGUUAUUUAAACACAGUCGUUGACAUUAUAUUAAUGGCUCUGCUAAAAUGACGUGGAGGGAAGUUGCACAGAUGCGCACAACAAUUUUUCCAGGCUGAAGCCCUAUUUUGCUAUGUAUACAUAUGCAUAUUAUAUAUAUGUAAGUUUGUUACAUAAACAUGUUGAACACAAGCUAUGAGUCACAAAGCAACUAUUGCCUUCUUGCUGUUGAGGGUUUUAAAAAAAAACUUUUGUUUACAUGCACUGAUUUCAGGUGACGUAAGAAGGCUCACAUAAAACAAGUACCUAAAUGAUAAAGGAGGACACAUUUCAAUUAUUUCUGAUUUGAAACCAAGUUCAGUCUAAAACGUCAAACUGUUCCUGAUUGUCACUGGUAGAAUGUAUCAGAUUGACACGUAUUCCCAUGAGCUGUGUUGUUUUUUUGUACACUAACAAUGGAAUUCUGAGGAGAGGUUCCAUACAAUUUCCUAUUCAUGCCAGGGGAUUGAGUCAAAAGAACUGUCGCUGUACUUUAUGGAUUCUGGCAUGUUCUCGGCAAAUUGAAGGAGAAUACAUUUUCCUUAUUUAUACUUAAAAGUGUUUUUUUAAUUGUGAUAGGCUAUUUGUAGCUCAUAUAACUCUAAUAGAAAAGGGAAUAUUUACAAUAAGAUAUGUCCUGUAUUUUUGAAGUAUGCUGCACACUUGUACACUUUCAAAUGUUUUUGUUAAUCUAUUUUGGCUUCUUUCUUGCUUUGAAAGUAUUUUUUAUGAAACUAAAUUAGAGCACCCAAUAUAAAAAUAACAAUACUGAAGCUAUUGAUUUGCUCUUGAUUCUGAUGUCAAGAUUUGGUAGUAAUUGUAAUCAACUGAAAAUGUGAAGUUUUCAAGCAUUCGGCUUUCCAGUACGGAUGUCUUGGGAAUUAGCAUUAGUUUUAUAAUUACACCUUGAUUUAAUUGCUUAUUUUCAAUGAAGAUAAUGCAAUGUCCUUAUUAAAGUAAAAUGAACACAGUUUUUAUAUAGCCACAUGAGAAGGUAAACACUAUAUAUAUAAUCAGCUCGUGCUAGAGAGGACUAUUAGGAAAAGUUAAUCUCAAAUCCAAGAAAGCAAUUUACUGAAAGUUUCUUUUUAAGCUUAAAAAAAAAUCUAGUUUUCAAGGACAAAAUGUUUGUGCCAAACACUCAGGCACUUGCGAUGUUGUGUAUACAGAAUGUGUACUCCAUUGACUGGUGAGUCUUUCUGUCUUUAGUCCUUUAUUGUACUGAAAGCCUUGUCUAAAGAGUAGAUCUAAAAUAAAUAUUUUGAUUUCCAGUUCA